UCUGGCACUCAUUUAAAACGGAGAGAAACAGCCUGUUGUCUUGCUAACUUGAAUCGCACGCGACCGGAAGAGAGAAAGGAUGAAAAACAAGUAUUUGGUCUUUGACAAAACAUAUUUUUUCGGGUUUACAGGCGUAACCGAGACCGUUUAGGUUGAGCAGCUUAGCGUGAAAGUAACUGAACGUUCGGUUGCGGUUGGAACGGAACAACAACAACAACAGCAACAUGCCGUCCCGUGUCGAGGACUACGAGGUGCUGUACACCAUCGGCUCCGGCUCCUACGGAAAGUGCCAGAAAAUAAAACGGAAAUCUGACAAAAAAGUCCUGGUGUGGAAGGAGCUGGACUAUGGCACCAUGGCGGAGAGCGAAAAGCAAAUGCUGGUGUCCGAGGUGAACCUCCUGCGAGAGCUCAAGCACCCGAACAUAGUGAGGUAUUACGACCGCAUCAUAGACCGGACCAACACGACGCUGUACAUCGUCAUGGAGUACUGCGAGGGCGGCGACCUGUCCAGCCUCGUCAGCCGCUGCAUCAAAGAGAGGCGUUAUUUGGAGGAGCACUUCGUCCUCCGAGUCAUGGCACAGCUCAUGCUGGCCCUGAAGGAGUGCCACAGACGCAGCGAUGGCCGGGCCACAGUUCUCCACCGAGACCUGAAGCCGGCCAACAUCUUCCUCGACGUCAGACAGAACGUGAAGCUCGGUGACUUUGGCCUCGCGAGGAUCUUGAAUCACGACACCAGCUUUGCAAAGACGUUUGUUGGGACACCGUACUACAUGUCUCCAGAGCAAAUAAACCAGUUGUCAUACAACGAGAAGUCCGAUAUUUGGUCACUGGGAUGUUUGCUGUAUGAACUAUGUGCAUUAUCGCCUCCGUUUACUGCUUACAACCAAAAAGAGCUGGCCGAGAGGAUCAGAGAGGGAAAGUUCAGAAGAAUCCCGUACCGAUACUCUGAGGAGCUGAACAGCUUACUCAGCAAAAUGCUCAACUUAAAGGACUACCUGAGGCCCUCUGUGGAGUCUAUUCUCCAGAGCAGCCUGUUGGCUGAUGCAGUUGCUGAGGAGCAGAGGAGGGCAGAGGUCCGGCUCCUGAGAAGGUCUGCAGACUCCGACUGUCCUCUUCACAAGCCGGCCGAGCCGGCCCCGGCCUCUGCUGCUGAGCUCAGACUCCGGGAACAGGCGCUGCGGGACAGAGAAAAGGCCUUGAAGGAACGGGAAGAGAGGCUGGAGCGAAGGGAGCAUGAGCUGUGUGUUCGCGAACGGCUGUCACAUGAGAAGCUUGAACGGGCAGAGCGUUUACUGAAGAAUUAUUACCGUCGACAGCAGCAGAGUGACCUGGUGCCUCUCUACGGCAAAGACAUAGAUGAGGAGAACCUCUCCCCCGGGAAGAAGAAGGUCCACUUUGCUGGCGAGAGCAAAGAGAACCAGCGCCCUGACAGUCGUCAGAGUGGGGCGUCCCAGGAGCUGAUCCUCAGAAGGCUGCAGGCGGUCAACUUGCGCGCCAAGACACUGAACGAGGAGGAAAAGGCCUGUCAGUUCAAGAGCAGACAGAUCCUUGGCAUCCGUUGAUCGCACGCACACGCACACACGCACACACACACACACACACACGUACGUCACUGUCUAUCGUCAUGUGAUUGAAGGCUCUGAGUCACAAUUACUGGAUGUAAAUUAAGAUUUAUUUAUGAUUAUUGAGUAGCUAUGCAAGUAUCGAAGGCAACGAUUCAAGCCAAAAAAUAGAAUCACGUGUAUGCUGUUACUUUGUAGUGUCACAAUUUUAUUAAGUUUGAUGUGUGGAUGUUUUAUUAUUGUAGGCAGCUUUUGUGAUAUUGUGACAUGCACUGUAUAUUCUUGCUGUAUGUACAGAGUGGAAGGCUCAGGUUUUCUUUUUGUUAUAAGAAGUAAUUUUGUAUGAAGAGCAAUAACUGAACCUGUGAUGGAACUGAACAUUUGAACUAUGCAGAAGCAAUAGUUGUGAAUUAAAUGUUUUACAGUUCAAUUUCUGAUGCAGCACUACAGAUGGCAAUACAUCAUUAAGAUAAAACAACAACUGAAUUCACCCUCAAGAAAAGAUUUAUGCCAAUACUUUUUUUUUUACAUGAAUAGAAAAAUACAUAUCAUUCAACAAGUGUUUCAUUUGACAACCACAGAGAAUAUAAAAGGUUUUAAGUAGUUUUUUAAAUUUACAUUACAAUUGCACCACAUUGACACGUUGAUCAAUCCGACCAGUUCCCACAAGGGGUCAUCAGUUUCCCAGGAACAGUCAGUCACUGUGUGGAGUCUGACGGGUGAUUACCAUACAGUCUGUGACAAGGCAAUAAGCCCUCUCACCUAAAACUCCUUCAUUAUUGAUUAAAAACUGAUUAGAAGACAUAAUUAACAGGGACAGUGUUGUCAGAGCAGGCAGUUUGAGAAUUGAUUAAAUGAAAAUGAGGUUUCCUACAAUGAAAGGAAAUUUUUUUUUUUUUAAAUGGUGUUUGACUAAUUCCAUUAACAACUGCUGAAUAUAGGGCGUAUUUACCAACAGUGUUCGGGACAUUAAAGGUUAUUGGUUGUCAUUUUCAGUGAGAUUAACCAAACUAAAUUGAAGAAUCAAUAAAGAAUGGGCCAGUGUUUCUCCCCUGACUAUCUAAACGA